AUGGUUAGUCGAAUUGAAAGAAACAUCGUCAAAGAAAUUUUGAGAGACUGUCGUCCCAAAAACAUACAACCCAAUGAAAAUUUCGUCAUGUACGUGGUGAAAUUAUUUCUUCUCGAUCCAAAUUGGGGCAUUACUGAAAAUCUCCUAACAAGCAGAGCAAAUGUACAGACGUUCGUUAAAUACAUGAUCAAUCAAUUGGGUUCCAAAGAUUCCGUGGAUAUGAUGACGUUGAAAAUGCAAUUUUACUAUAUGUGGAGUACAGAACAUAUACAGGAUGUACUUACUAAUAACACAUCAUCCUUGCUCGCUAAAUUGAGUCCUAUCGUAGAUCAAAUUUGUUUAAUCAGGAGAAUAUCCACCGAAAACGAUAUGGAUAAUUUAAGAAGACUAAUCGUGGUUUAUAUUGUGUUUCUUUCUGGUUUAGGAAAUGCCAUGAGAGACGAGGUAUUUUUAGAAGGACUGACCGCGAUGAAAAGCGUGAUGACCGAAGAUGAAUUGAGGGAAUUUUGCACGAUAGCAAAAGAUCAAAAGGAAAUACAAUUGAAAGAACUGAGUAAAAUUGUUUGCGGGAUAAGACUUUUUAAUAAAUACUGUGAUAAAGGAGGAGUUGGCAUUCCCGAUCUGGCUGAAAUAUUUAAAUCGGCAGUGAAAAUUGUGAAGGAUGAAAUGGAUCUUAUAUUGCUAAAAGUAUUAGCUAAAGUUGAAUAUUUAACAAAAAUUUUUGAAAAAUACUAUGCCAUGAGAAAGUACGGUCCUCUUUAUUUUAUGGAAAGCGUCUUUCCAUCUCACGUGGAGAAGGGGUACAUUGAAUUUUGUAAGGAUCAACUCAUACAUUAUCGCCAAUACGAAGUGAUCAUUAGAAAAAAUAUAGAAUCUGCCGAAGCAUUAAUAAACAAAGUUACUGAAAUAGAAGAAAAUAUAAAUACUCUCAUGGAGCAUAUAUUCACUAUAGUUAGUACAAGAUUAGCAGUGCCCGUAAACAUAAUUUUCCCGCUUUUUAAUCGAUUAUCAGAUUUGUGGACAGAUCUUCAACAUCAAAUGAUAUUAUUAACUAGACAUAGCAACAUCAUGUCUAAUUUAGAUACAUACUCAAAAAUGUUACCAUUCAACCAUGCUUUAAUUGAAGACCUGUUACGUGAAGAAUAUGUUUUAGAGAACAUUUAUAUAGUAGAGACCGUUGACUGCUGUCUUAUAAAGUAUAAAGAUUUUAUUGACAUAGUCGAUUUGGAUGAUUAUGAAAAUGUUCAUUUGGAGUAUUUGGGAUUUUGUUGUUAUAAGUUAGUUGAGUCGAACGGUGCUCUUAUACCUGGAAUUACAGACAUAGGCGUUGCUGUUUAUAAUGGAAAAUUUUAUGCCUUUUCUUCGGCAGAAGCGUACCAUUGUUUUAAAUUGAAGCCACAAGAAUUGGUAGGAGAGAAACUAUACGUUAAAAAAUCUACCUCUGUGAAGGUUCAAACAGAAAAUCGUUAUGUUGUGCCACCAUCAAAAGACGUUUCCUAUAAAUGGAAUGUUUGGGAUCUUAAAAGAGAGGUCAUUCUUAUGAGUAAUCUCUUGAAUUGUAAGACGGUUUCAACUCAAACUGUCAAAUCUCACAGUACGAACGCUUUAAGUAGUCAAACGGUGUUACAAAAAUGUGAAGAAACCCAAACUACUAUUGACAAAUAUACUUCGGUACCAACACCAUCGAAUUUCAUAUUUGGUCUUCGAGGUAGAAAAGAUGACAAGCAAUUUAUUUUGGAGCUCACACGACCUGUAGCUGAAUGA